CUGCCCACCCGCCGCCUGCCUGUCUGCUCUGCACGGCUCCGCAGUUACCCCGGGCGCGGGCGCGCGUGUGUGUGUGUGCGCGUGUGUGUGUAUAAGUGUGCGUGUGCAUGUCACGUCCUUGUGCAUCACAGGCUGGAAGACAGGAGCACUCUCCUCAUUUAUUCUUCGUGCCAUCUCUCUCCCCCACCUCAACCGAAGACCUGGCAAGAGGAGAGCUGAUGGCGGAGAGAGGAGAGGAGAUAUUUCCACGUGAAGGUCACAUUGUAGAGAGAAGGACCCUUCUCUCUGCAGACGAUCCUUUGAUCGUCUGCAGGGCUCCGGGCAAAAGUCUCCCAGGAUUCAGAGACUGUGCAGCUCCAGCUGCCAUGACGGACACAACCGCCUGAGCUUCUCGGUGUCGCCCUAUGACAGGGGAGGAUGGGUGAUGGGCCUGUGAAAUUCAGCGGACUCUCUCCUCCUCGUCCCAUCCUCUCAUGGAUCAUCCUGUCACGCCGAGCCCCUCCUGGAACUCUUCUCUCUCCGGCCUCCCCGCAUCUUCAGCCUCGCUGCACGCUAAUAUCUCGAACGUGACCUCGCCGGCUGCGAGCAUCCGGGGCGGGGUCGAUCUGAACCAGACCUUGGCACUGUGUGCUAUGCUCACCAUCGACGUUCUGGCGGUCGUGGGGAACUUGGCCGUGAUGAUUGUCAUCACCAAAACGCCGCAGCUGCGCAAGUUUGCCUUCGUGUUUCACCUGUGUCUGGUGGACCUGCUGGCAGCGCUGGUGCUGAUGCCCCUCGGGAUGCUCUCGGACCGAAUCCUGGUGGACGAGGCGCUGUGUCGGAGCUACCUCUGCUUGAGCGUGUGUCUGGUGAGCGCCGCUAUCCUCACCAUCUGUGCCAUCAACGUGGAGCGCUACUACUACAUCGUCCACCCCAUGCGCCACGAGGUGAAGAUGACGGUGGGGGUGGUGGGGAUGGUUCUGGCGGCGAUCUGGAUUAAAGCCGUCGUCAUGUCGGCGCUGCCUCUGCUGGGGUGGCUGCUCCAGGCGAACCAGACCGCAGGGACUCCUUCGGUUCUCGUCCACGGUCAGAGACACUGCUCCCUCCAUUGGACGGGAGGCAGGACCACGAGGCUGCUCUUCAUGGUCUUCUUUACGGUCAUCUAUUUCCUGUGCCCCAUGCUGAUCAUUCUGGUGGUCUACUGCAACAUGUUCAAGGUGGCGCGGGUUGCGGCCAUGCAGCACGGGCCCCUCCACACUUGGAUGGACACGCCGCGGCGGCGGUCCGAGUCCAUCAGCAGCCACUCCACCAUGGCGGCGAGCCUCGGUGGGACGGGUGCCCGCACCACCCCUCAGAGGACCUUCAGCGGCGGGAAGGCUGCGGUGGUGCUGGUGGCAGUUGGAGGGCAGUUCCUCUGUUGCUGGCUGCCGUACUUCUCCUUCCAUCUCUACUCGGCUGUGGCGUCCGCCUCUCUCGCCUCGCUGGCUCACCUGGAGGACGUGGUCACGUGGAUCGGCUAUUUUUGCUUCAUCUCCAACCCUUUCUUCUACGGCUGCCUGAACCGGCAGAUUCGCGAGCAGCUGGGCCGCCACCUGGCUUGCCUCUUCAAGCGGGCCGGGCCCAGCGAAGGAGAGCAGCUGCCCAGCCGCGAGGCCUCUAUUGAGGAGAACUUUUUACAGUUCCUUCAGGGCACUGGAUGCAAUCUGGAGCCCUGCGUCUCUCACAGCCGAGCCAGCCCGGAGGAGCCAGAGACUGAAGGCGAUCGGGAAUCAGCUGUUCAGCAGAACACGCCAGCUGACUUCCACAUCCCAGGGCAGAUCCUUGAGGAAGCUUCAGAGUUCAUACAGCGGCAACAGACGAACAAUGAGCUGCAUGUAUCAGAGAACUGCUGCAAAACCGUAGCGGAACUGUAGCUUGCCUCUCGUGUACCAUCUAAUUUGUCAUCGAUUAUCCAAUAAACGUACGUCAUUUUCAUUAAUGUGUUGAAAUAGUUAACCAGCCGCAUAACAUGGGGAUUUAAGUUGUGUAGCUUUUCACAGAAAGACAAAGCAGAAUAUGUUGUGUGAAUCAACUCACUCUUGUCCACAAAAGUCAUGAAACGUUACCCGUUUUAGAGCCACAGCGUUGAGCUGUUUUCUGUGUGAUAUCAGCACAAGUACAGUGAAGCAUUGUUCAUCAUGAGUCUGUGGUGUGACACACAUCACGUUAACAUUAAGAAUCUUGGCAAAACGCAAAACCUCUGUUGAAAUCAGUUUUCACAAUUUUUAAGACAAAUGCUCCGCGAACUGAUUGUUUUGAUAUGCAGUUAAUUCAAUUUGUUCCAUCAGACGUUAGAUUUUAUUAUUCCACAUGAAGUUAGUCAUAGUGCUCCACUGCGAAUACAUGAAAAUACUUUUUUUCUUAUCUUUUCCUUUCUAAUACACCAGACAAAAUGUUUUUGUGUUUUAAGGCAUGGAGAAGCCCCCGACCAUCAGUCCAAAUGACGAUCCGAUUCAUGUUCUCUAUUUAUUGCACUUUCACAUCUCCUCAUAACACCCCGGAAUGAACGCAAACAUGUGGCAGUUUCCCAGUCGAGAGCAAUUAUUAUUCAGAUGCCUUUUUAAAAUCAUCUUGAAAUAUUCAUUGUGUCAAACUUCUGAUGGUAUUUAUAAUAAACCUGAGAUACCGCCACAUUUUAAGUAUGUUCCAUGAGCAUCAUUAUCAUGUUUAUCUGCUCUCAGUCUUGUGAUUAUCACCUCCUCACCAAAAUAAUCUCACAUUGCUACUCGUGAUUUCACCCCCCCCCCCCCCCCCCCUCCACUCCAAGAAAAACAUUGUGACUGGUUUGAUAUCUGUGCCAGUUACGGUGUUAAGAUUCAACCUUUGUAAAAACAUCGGCCAGCAGCGCGGUUAAACUGUGGAGUUUGUUGGGGACCCGUCCCCCUCUGUCUGUGCUGCUUACAGGUAAACACGGCGGCCGUGUGGGUGCUUGUGUUUGCGCUCUAAACAACUGGGGUUGUUGUGGCUACACACACAGCGGCACACAGGUGAGACAAUGCUUACACAUGGCAAGCUUUGGCCUCAUUAAGCAACAAAUGGACGACUCGGGUGAUACUCGCUCUGUUCUCAGGUGGAAUACCAACAGUUUGCACAAGUCACACGAGCAGUGACAAAUGUUCCAAAGAAAAUGACAACUCACAAAUCUCCUAAACAUGUUUUUUUUCCCUCUUUUCACACUUGCUCUUUCUUGCUGUGUUCAUGUAUUUUGGACUUCCUCAUACGUGAGUGUUGGCAUGAUCACAAGACAAGCAACACAAGGCGUACAGAGAAGGCUCACAUUUUGCUGGGAGACAGAACAAAAAAAAAAGGCCCCUUUGUACGGAGGACACAGACGGUUCCUCAUUUUCAUGUGAGACGACUUUGUUGCUGACUGUUUUUCAAAUGGAGUGGUUGUGUCACCUUGUUUCUUUUGCGUCACAGCGAUGGUUCGAUAUCGUGAUGCCAAAUUUGGAUCAAACACAACAUUGAGCACAAGAAGAAAUCAUCGACAUAAUCCCGUGUGUAUUUAUCUUUUGUUAAUUUAUUUUUGUUGGUCAUACUACAGUACAAGAACUGUUCAAUUUUAUGCAUCAAAGUAACCACCGGUGUGCAGCAACAAGUGUGGUUUCACCUGCUUAGAUAAUCUGCGAUCUUUCUCAUUCAGCCUUAUUGAUGAUCACGUUGUAAUAAAACCUGCGAUAUUUCACACAGUCCGGGUCAUUACAAAGCCCCUUAUGCUGAUUGAAUCAACCAUUCAAUCAGCUGGAUUUCCGUUACCGUAGCAGCAAAAUUGCCCCGACCAAUCUGAUUGAAUGCUUUAAGCCUUAUUUCUGCCACCAUCUGUUGAUUAUGCAGAGGAAGAAGUAAGCUGUUCUGAAGGUGAACGGCAGAUAAUAUUCUCUGCUUCGGGAAUGUUCACGGACCCCCGUCAGCUACAAUUGUGUUUGUUGUAAGUCACAAUGUCAGUUUCUCUUCUGUUUUUAUUUUUAUGUCAUUUCCCCCCUCCUAUCUUUUUUUUUACCUAACUAGGUAUUUUGGAUCCGUCAUUAUUAAGGUAUUUUUUCCCUUGUUAGGAUUUUCCUGUGUACUAGAUACACAUCAGCAUCAAUGAAUAAAAACGCAGCAAGAACGUUAA